AUGAGGAAUCAUCUCAAGACAAUCUUGCAUCAUUCUAAACACAAUAUUCUUCUCCGACAAGGAUCAACUGCAACCAUUUCAUCAGCAUCAACAAAGUUAACAAUGGUUCCCAAGGGCCACAUGGCAGUUUAUGUUGGAGAGAACCAUAAUAAUAAGCAUAGAUUUGUGGUUCCCGUCUCUUGCUUGAAGAAUCCAUCGUUUCAAGACUUGUUGAGGCAUGCAGAGGAGGAAUACCAAUUUGAUUAUCCAAUGGGGGGCCUUACUAUCCCAUGCAGUGAGACUGCAUUUCUCUCUGUCACUUCUCACUUGAAUUGUAAAAGAAACUAUCAGGUCACCAAAAAGAUAACUAUUGACACCAUAGAAGGUGGUAUUCAUAACCUGGAAAUAAGACAGCUUACCAGCUACAACAGAUUAAUUGCAACAAAGUUAACAGAUGCUCCAAAGGGUCACAUGACAGUUUAUGUUGGAGAGAACCACAAUAACAAACAUCGUUUUGUGGUUCCCAUCUCUUGCUUGAAGCAUCCUUUAUUUCAAGACUUGUUGAGGCAUGCAGAGGAGGAAUAUAGAUUUAGUUAUCCAACCGGAGCCAUUACUCUCCCAUGUAGUGAGACUGCAUUUCUCUGUGUGACUUCUCACUUGAAUGUCAUUACCAAUUAA